AUGGGUGGUUUAGGUUCACCAUGUGGAGGAUGCAAGUUCUUGCGUAGGAAAUGUGUUGAAGGUUGUGUAUUUGCACCAUACUUUUGCAACGAAGAAGGGUCUUCUAAUUUUGCAGCCAUUCACAGAGUGUUUGGAGCUAGCAACUUCUCUAAGCUCAUUUCUCAUCUCCCUGUUCAUGACCGUUGUGAAGCCGUACGAACCAUCUCUUACGAGGCUCAGUCUCGUCUCCAUGAUCCUAUAUACGGCUGCGUCUCCCAAAUCUUCUCCCUCCAGCAACAGGUUGUUAGUCUACAAGCACAAGUGGUCCUUCUUAGAGAAGAAGCUUGUAGAAAGUUUCCUCAAGAGAAUUGUAUGGAAGAAGAGAAGGUUCUAGCUCAAGAUAUGCCCCAAGAUCUUCACAGUUGGUUUCAUCAACUAGUCUCGAACUCCAACCUUAACCAGAUGAGUGAUAUUGCAUCAACGUCCAUGGAUAAAAAUGAGUCGUUUUGUAGCUCAAAUGAAUCUCUUUACUACCAGGAAGUCAUGUUUCCAUGGCCUGUUUGA